UCCGCCAUCUUUGUCGGCUACCUAUUGUUCACUCUGGAGCUAACAACGGUGGCAAAUCAGUUAAACUGCGCAAUAAAAUAACUUGACAGUGUCACAGGCAGCUGCCCGUGACAGCCGUGGAUUUUCUCUCAGGGUUGCGACUUGUUCUCGGCCAGCAAGUUGAACAGAAUGGACGAUGACCAGCCCAAAACCCUGUAUGUGGGGAAUCUGUGCAGGGACGUGACAGAGGCCCUCAUCUUGGAGUUGUUUGGCCAGAUUGGACCCUGCAAGAGCUGUAAAAUGAUAGUAGAUACAGCAGGUCAUGAUCCGUACUGCUUUGUGGAGUUCUAUGAGCAUAGACAUGCCACUGCCACAAUUGCAGCCAUGAAUGGUCGGAAAAUUUUGGGUAAGGAAGUCAAGGUCAACUGGGCCACAACACCAACCAGCCAAAAGAAAGACACAAGCAGUCAUUUCCAUGUCUUUGUUGGAGAUCUAAGUCCUGAAAUCACCACGGAUGACAUAAAAGCAGCUUUUGCUCCAUUUGGGAAAAUAUCGGAUUGUCGAGUGGUGAAAGACAUGGCCACAGGUAAAUCUAAAGGCUAUGGCUUUGUCUCCUUCUUCAACAAAUGGGAUGCAGAGAAUGCCAUACAGCAGAUGGGAGGACAGUGGUUGGGAGGGAGGCAGAUCAGAACCAACUGGGCCACAAGGAAGCCUGCUCCUAAAACUACAAAUGAAACAACCAAUACCAAGCAGCUAUCUUUUGAUGAGGUGGUCAACCAGUCCAGCCCCAGCAACUGCACCGUCUACUGUGGGGGAGUCACGAUGGGUCUGACCGAGCAAAUUAUGAGACAGACCUUCUCACCCUUUGGUCAAAUAAUGGAAAUCCGUGUUUUCCCAGACAAAGGCUACUCAUUUGUGAGGUUCAACUCCCAUGAAGCAGCAGCUCAUGCCAUUGUAUCUGUCAAUGGCACAUCCAUUGAGGGCUAUGUUGUUAAGUGCUAUUGGGGCAAAGAAACAACAGACAUGGUUAGCCCCAUACAGCAGGUACAGCUGCCACAGCAGAACACAGUGAGCUUCACAGCGCAGCCCUACAGUCAGUGGGGCCAGUGGUACAGCAACACACAGCAGAUUGGUCAGUACAUGCCCAAUGGAUGGCAGGUGCCAAGCUAUGGAGUCUAUGGGCAGACCUGGGAUCAGCAGGGCUACAAUCAAAUACACGCUGGUGCCGGCUGGACAGGUGUGGGAGCUGUGAGCAACGGGGGCAUGGUGGAGCCCGGGCAGGGAGUCAACGGAACGGUGCUAACCAACCAGGCCGGCAUGGGCACUGCUGGCUACCACACCCACUGAUCACAGUAGCCCUCUCUAAACCUCUGAGGCCACAAGGAUGAUUCUCUGCUGGGGGAAGGGAGUACAUAAGAUGUGCUCUCUCUGUUACCACAUACAAGUUGUUCUGUUAGUGAGGCUGGUACGCCAUUUUAUCAGCCUUACCAGCCCAUAACUUCACCCACUGCCCAAAUCUGCAAAUGUUAAAAACAAUCCACUCCAGAACACUUAAACACUUAAAACAGCCAUUGCUAAUGCACCUUGCAUUCCCGAGCCCAUUUUAUUGUUUGGCUUAUUUUUGUAAUGCCUGCAGAUAACUGGCCAAAUGUAAAUGAUACGACCGUGUCGAGAUAUUUCUAGCACAGCCACAUUUUAGUUUAAAAGGAAGAAAUGUUCAGCCAAUGAAAUCUAUAUUCUAGCACCAGGUUCUGUUUGUUUUCAGCCCCUCAGAGCCAAAGAGCAAGGGCAGAAUUUUAUACCAAUGUUAAACAAUCAGACAGGGAGAAGAGGCUGCCAACUUCACCACAGAAAGUAGUCAACAGUCCAUAGAGAGGGGUGCGGCGAUUUUUGUUUUUUCUCAAUUUGAACCUCUUGCUCUCACUGUUCUGGUCUGUCCACCUUUACUAAAGUGAAACAUGAGUCCAAGCAAGUUCUCAGGGUGUUGUCCAGUCAUUCUGUGAAACGUAGGAAAUCACUGAGUAGAAGCAGACAUCUCGAGGUAAAGCCGACACAACAAAACAAGUAAAUUUCAACGCUCCUUCGCUUCAUCUCCCGAACGGACUGAGAAUCCAGUCUGUGGAUAAGAAACGUGUGUGUAUUCUUGCGUGUGUGCAUGAACUCUGAUGCUUUUACACACAAGACAACGUCCAGUUCAUCUUCCCCUGAAACAAAAAAGGACUAUGCCAUCUUUUUUUUUUUUUUGUCAUUUUCAAGUGUCGUUUUCUCAUCAUUUUCUUUCUUCAAAAUGCUGACAUUGUAUAAAGAGCUUUUGCCUUUUUGUGUUUUAUUUCUGGACUGUCUUAUUAAGAAAUGUUGCAGUGACGCCAUCGAACGACACAUGAGACCUUUUGUGUUUGUUUAUAAAAUAUUAAGCAGCU